AUGACCCAGACGCUCGUGGCCCUGUCGCACGCCGGCGACCUGGCCCCGGCCACCACCUUCGGCCUGGGCGGCCGCCCGGGGGCCCUGGGCGCCACCGCCCCGGCGCGCAUGGACACCGGUGACCCGGGCGCCGGGGCCGCGGCCGCCGCCUCCGCGCGCAUGGCCACCCUCCUGUCGGCCACGGUGGGCGCCGGCGCCGGGCCGACACUCCGCACCACGCGCGACGGCUUGGCCGCGCCGCCGGCCCCGGGCCGUGGCCGGCCGCGCCCGGCCGGCUUCGGAGGCCCGGCCCCGCCCCGGCGCCCGGGCCUGUCGGUGGUGACCACCACCUCCCCCCUGCCGUCGCCGACGCCGCACCACCAGCAGCAGCAGCAGCAGCAGCCGGUGCCGGAGCAGGCGGCCGGCGCGACCGGCGGCCCGGAGGACGCCCCCCACGCCCGCGGGCCGAGCCUGCCGGCGCCCCUGGUCCCGGUCCACUGCACGGCCGAGUGGCCCUGGGCCCCCGGCCCGGAGCCCGGGCCACCGGCCGCGCGGACCCCCACCUCGCCCAUCACGCCGAUGGACCCGCGCACGGCCGGCCGGGCCGGCGGCGAUGGACACGCCUCGGACGGCCGGGCCGGCGGGCCGGUCGGCCUGAGGGCCCUGCUGGCCGGGCUGCUGUCGGUCUUCCUGGCAGCGGCGACCGGCGACCACCACCGGCUGGCCGGGCUGACCGUCGACCGGGCCAAGCCGGCCACGGCGCCGGGUGCGCGGCUGGCCGUCGGCCCCGGGCUCGAGUGGCUGGCCUGCCUGGGCGGCCUGCUGCUCGGGUGGCUGUGCUCCUUCUCCGGCCAGGCCCCGAUCCCGGUGGAGGUGACCCGGCUGGUGUCCGGGGCCGGGCGCCGGUCGGGCCUGGGGGCCGUGGCGGCUGGCAUGCCGGCGAAGGCGGCCAGCCUGGCCGGCGCCCCGGCCCCCGCGAGCCCGGCCCCCUGGCUGCCCUGCCCCCGGUCCCUGUGCCUGGUGUCCGGCGCCCGUCGCAAGACCCUUGUGCUGGACCUGGACGAGACGCUGGUCCACUCGACCCUCAUCCCGCUGGGCCUGGCCGAGGGGCUGGGCCUGCCGAUGCUGUAUGCGGCCGGGUGUGCGCCGGCCGCGGCCGGGGGCCCCGGCGGGGGGCUGGUCACCUCGGCCGUCGGGCCCGGCGCCGGCGGCUGGGCCCCCGGCCCGGGCGCCGGGCCCGGCAGCAUGGCCCCCGGGCCCGGGGGUCUGCCCCCUGCGGCCGGCCGUGCGUCACUGCUGCGGCGCCUGUCCGCGGCCCGGCACCGGGCCGCCGCCAGCGCCAUCGACCACUGCCUGCUGAUGCUGGCCCCGCCGCCGGGGCCCGGCGCCGGCGGCCCCGCCACCCGGCCGCCCGCCGGUGCGGGGCAGUCGCAGCAGGGGGCCAGCGCGGGCGCGCUCGCUGCUGCUGCCGCCGCCGCCGCCGCCGCCGCCGCCGCCGGCUCCUCCUCCUCCUCCUCCGGGCCCCCCUCGCCCGGGGCCGAGAGCCUGUUCUAUGUCCGGACGCGCCCCUAUGCCCGGGCCUUCCUGGAGGCCGUGUCCCAGUGGUACGAGGUGGUCAUCUUCACGGCCUCGGUGUCGCUGUACGCCGACCCGGUGAUCGACUGGCUGGACCGCGACCGGACCCUCAUCAGCCGGCGGUACUUCCGCGAGCACUGCACCUACUUCGACGGGAGCUUUGUCAAGCAGCUGGGCUUCAUCCGUCCGGACAUGGGCCAGGUGGCCCUGGUGGACAACUCCCCGGUGACGUACAGCGUGGUGCCCGACAAUGCCAUCCCCAUCGACACCUGGACCAGCGACCCGAGCGACCGGUCCCUCAUGGACCUGUUGCCCUUCCUGGAUGCGCUGCGCUUCUGCUCCGAUGUCCGCUCGGUCCUGUCCCUGCGCAACUGCUGAGUCCGCGCGCGCCACCUCCGGCGGGACGCCCUUUUGCCCUCCUCUUUUCCGUUUGUGUCCCCCGUCGAGAGGGGGAGGGAGGGGGCGCGCGGCCUUCCC